UGCGGGUAGGAAAGUUUUCCAGUUCGUUCGUGACGUCAUAGGCGUGGAAUUUUCUUGGUCAACAGAGGGCGCUCUCAGCGCGCCAGCAUUGUCACAUAUUUUUGUCAAGUUUGUAGAAAUCCGUCAAAAGGUUCCUUUGAUUUUGCAUCAUUAUUCGAUACGCCCAAUGUUAUUGAACCGCAUCCGCAUUCAACUUCUGAGUGUACAAAACCCGUCACACAUUUUGCUAUUGGUACAAUACAUGGGAAACAGUUAAAUCGUCAUCAAAGGAGUCCUUUUUUGUUGUCAUCCGUCACAUUAAGUUCAAUAACAGCGUCAUAAAUCGACAACAUGAGUACUACGUCACCAAGUCAUGAAGAUGAUGUCAAGCCGGAAGAUUCGGCCAGUCAGUGCAGCCAUACGACAAGCACCUCAUCCAGCAGAAGAGCCAGAAUGGAGGCCAUGGUGAGGAGUGCUGCACUUCAAGCAGAAGUUGAAGCUCUUAAAGAACAACAAGAGCUUGAGCUACAGGAAUUGAGGCUCCACCAAAGGAGAACUGAGCUUCAAAUGAAAACCAAGCUCAGCUGUGCAGAAGCGGAGGCAAAAGUUUAUGCCCAGUUCGAUGACGAGAAAACAAGCCCAGUUUCUCCAUCUCAGUCAACACCAUCUCCCCCUGAUGAAGACUCCCCAUCGCAGCCCGAUCCAUCACCGCAUGAUGAUGAUACAAGCGGUGACACAGUCCCAUACCCCAUUGAAGAUCAUCAAUCGUCAACGCCGCAAGAAACGCCACCCCCUACCGAAGCCAUCAAUGAGAUGUUGCGACAAUCAAAGCAACAGCAGCAGAGCCUCAUUGAGACAUUGCAGUUACCGAAAGCAGAGCUGAUGUGCUACGAAGGAGAUCCCCUCAAGUUUUGGGAAUUUUGGAGAGCUUUCGAGGUGAAUGUAGACAGCACGACAAUAAGCAACGCUGCCAAGCUGACAAGACUUCUUCAUUACUGCAAGGGGGAAGCACGCAGAGUGAUUCAAGCAUGCUCUGUGAUGGAGUCGACACAAGGUUAUGCUCGAGCCAAAACCUUGUUGAAGGAGAGAUUUGGAAACAAAUAUAAAGUUGCUGAUGCAUGGAUGAAGAAAGUCACCCGAGGCCAAACAGUGUCACCCCAUGAUGGAAAAGCCAUCAGAGAAAUGGCAGAUGAGCUGAAAGUCUGCUACGAAACCCUCCAGGCUAUGGGCUACGAAAAUGAGAUGGCACACCAGAGUUUUCUGAGAGACAUUGUUGAGCGCUUGCCCAACUACUUGCGCUAUCGAUGGGUCCGAAAGGUCAGAGACCUCGAAAGGAAGGAAGAUCGAAUGCCAAAGGUGAAGGAUCUUGUGGCCUACAUAGAUGAUGUAGCAGAAGAGGAGAAUAACCCUGUGUAUGGUACAUCUACUUGGGAGAGAAGCCGUGAUGUUCCUCAGAAAAGACGCACACAGCCGAGACAGAAGGGGUCCUUUGCAGUGGCAUCUGUACCAGAGAGAGUAGUCACCAGAGAGUGUUCUCUAUGCAAGGGAGAACACACCCUAUUUGGUUGCCAGCAGUUCAAGGCAAAAUCACCACAAGACAGGCUGAGUUAUGCCAAGCAAGAGAGAUUGUGCUUCAACUGUCUGCGCAGAGGUCACAUGACAUCAGCGUGCAGGCUGAACAGGACAUGUACUGUUUCUGGUUGUGGAAGGAAACAUACGAAAUUCCUUCACAUCCCGCAGACAGUGCAACAGCAUGAAGAAGCAGCGUCCCAAGCCAACACAUCACUAGAUGCCCCGGUACAGAAUGGCUACAUUGAUUCAGCCGCUGAAGCAAGUUGCAGUAACGUCACAGGGGCCGGCAGGACCGUGCUGCCCAUUGUCCCUGUUCGAGUGAAAGCUGCCGGCGGCAGUGUCUUCAUCCGCACCCAUGCAUUGUUGGACACUGGUUCGACAAAUACAUUCUGUACAGAACACUUGGCACGACAGCUUGGAGUUGAAGGGGCCAAACAAAGGCUCAACCUGACAACACUUGACAAGAUGGGCAGCUCCAUAGACACCACAAGAGUGAGCUUGAUUGUGGACUCGGGACCAGCCACAGACCGUAUAGAGUUGCCAAAUGUGUUCACCAAACACAAGAUCAACAUUCAGAGUACCCACAUGGCCAAGAUGGAAGAGAUAGCUGGACUACCCUACCUGCAGGGUAUUGACCUACCGUUUGCAGGCGAGAAUGAAGUUGGACUCCUGAUUGGUCAAGAUAUUCCGAGAGCACUGAUGCCUCUCGAAAUAAGAAGAGGAAAGGCAAAGGACGGACCCUAUGCUGUGCGAACGGCAUUGGGAUGGUCGCUACAUGGCCCAGUGAACAAAGUCGGCACAACAGAGCAGAACACUCAUGCUACCUCUACCUUCAUUCAAGGAGACAUCGGCCUGGAAGAACAGGUUCAUAAGUUUUGGAAGCUGGAGGCAUCCGAUACACUACAUGAUGAAAGAGGCAUGUCAGUGAACGACCAAAGAGCUCUGAAGAUGUGGAAAGGUGGAAUAAGCAUUGAUGGAGGACAUUAUCAGUUACCAGUGCCAUUCAAGCGUCAUCCUCCAUGCCUGCCAAAUAAUCGGUGGUUAGCAGAACAGAGGUUGCAGAGUCUUGCAAGAAAGCUUGGCAAAGAUGACAGUCUCCGUCGUAAGUACCAAGAAGGCAUCGAGGACUUACUCAAGAAGGGGUAUGCUGAGGAAGUAGAGAAACAAGAAUGUCAGUCUGAAGAUCAGGCUAUCUGGUAUCUUCCUCACCAUCCAGUUUUUCACCCCAUGAAACCCGACAAACUACGCAUCGUGUUCGAUUGUGCAGCUAAGAGCGGAGGUGUGUCUCUCAAUGAUGAAGUUCUGCAAGGGCCAGAUCUGACAAAUAAACUUACCGGAGUCUUGCUGAGAUUCAGACAGGGACCAGUCGCCUUCAUGGCAGAUGUGGAGGCCAUGUUUCAUCAAGUUCGAGUACCAGUGGAAGAACGAGAUGUGUUGAGGUUCCUAUGGUGGCCAUCCGGCGACAUGACUCAACAACCAAAGGUGUAUCGGAUGUGUGUGCACCUGUUCGGCGGGACCUGGAGCCCCAGUUGCUGCAAUUUUGCACUGCGCCAAACAGCCGAUGAUAACCAAGACCAGUUCAGUCCUGAAGCUGUAGAAAUUGUGAAGCGCAAUUUCUAUGUUGACGACUGCCUGGUUUCCGUCGAGUCUGAAGAGAAGGCUGUGAAUCUAUCGGAUGAGCUGAGAAAUCUGCUGCAAAGAGGCGGAUUCAAAUUGACCAAGUGGCUGAGUAACAAACCAAGUGUCCUGAAGUCCAUCCCUACUGAAGAACGAUCCAAGCAGUUGAAGGGUCUUGACCUAAACCUUGAUGCUCUACCUGUUGACAGAGCCUUGGGCGUCAGCUGGGAUGUUGAAAGAGACUGUUUGGGAUACAAGUUGUCACCUAAGGACAAGCCCCUGACGAGACGUGGGCUAUUGAGCAUUGUGUCAUCAAUCUAUGACCCCCUGGGAUAUGCCAACCCGUUCAUCCUGAGAGCGAGACUGCUACUCCAGGAGCUGACAAGAAUGAAGCUGGGAUGGGAUGAUCCAGUGCCAGAAGAGCACCGACAAAUAUGGCAAGGUUGGUCAGAAGAGCUAGCAGAGAUGAAGGAGUUUGAAGUUAACAGAUGUGUGAAGCCACAUGGCUUUGGCACAGUGACAGAAUACCAGUUGCAUCAUUUUGCAGAUGCCUCAGAGAAGGCUUAUGGAGCAGUGUCCUACCUUGUCAUGAAGAACACCAGCAGUGAGCUACACAGCAGUCUGGUGAUGGCCAAGUCUCAUCUAGCGCCAUUAAAAACAAUGACGAUACCUCGUCUUGAGCUUGCAGCAGCGACCCUUGCUGCUAAGCUUGAUGUUGCAGUGAAGAGAGAGUUAGAUGUACAGGAACUGAUCUACUCGACAUUCUGGACAGAUAGCACCAUUGUGCUGCAGUACAUUCGAAGUACAGACGGGAGGUUUCGCACAUUUGCAGCCAACAGGAUAGCUACCAUACAUAAUGCAUCAGAAGCAAGUCAGUGGCAUUAUGUAGACACAAAGUCAAACCAUGCUGAUGACAUAUCAAGAGGGAUGUCAGCCGGUGAGCUUAAGAAGAGCACAAGGUGGCUACAAGGACCAGAGUUCCUCCUAAUGCCACAAGAACACUGGCCAAAGGAACCACAAGUUAUGGAACCCCUAAGACAGAGUGAUCCGGAGCUUAAGAAAAGCAAGGAGCAAGUGCAGAUAUUUGCUGUAGAUUCCGAAGAGAACAAGGCGACAGACAAACUACUCCAACACUACUCAUCGUGGCACGGGCUAAAGAAGGCUGUAGCAUGGAUCUUGCGAGUGAGAGAGUACUUGCAGAACAAGAAUGGACGUGUGCCAAGUGACAUGAAGAAGCCACUUACAGUAGAUGAUCUUGACAAGGCAGAACAAGCAAUCAUCAGACACGUUCAACGACAAGCCUACACAGAUGAAUACCAGACACUGCACACAACCGCCAACCCUGUGAAGAAAUACAGUCCUCUCUACAGACUGGACCCAAAAAUCAACAGUGAAGGAGUGAUGUACGUCGGAGGGAGAUUGAAGAAUUCCAAGCUGCAGACACAAGAAAAACAUCCCGUCAUCCUUCCAAAGAAGAAUCACAUUGUCAAGCUAUUGGUGAGACACUUUCAUGCUGUAUCGGGUCACUCAGGGAGAGAGCAUGUAAUGUCAUUAAUGAGACAGCAGUACUGGGUGAUCGGAGGAAGAACCACAGUACGACAGGUGUUGCAUGAUUGUUUUGUGUGCAAACGCCGAUCAGCUUCACCCAGCAUUCAGAAGAUGGCCAAUCUACCUGAAGACCGAGUAACCCCUGAGAAACCGCCAUUCAACUACGUAGGAGUAGACUGUUUUUUGCCAUUUUUGGUCAAGCAAGGCCGAAGUCAAGUGAAAAGAUACGGCUGUAUCUUUACCUGUUUGGCGAUUAGAGCAGUUCACAUCGAAGUUCUGCAUUCUAUGGAGACCGACUCCUUUCUCAAUGCCUUGCAGCGAUUCAUGGCCAGACGCGGUCAACCAGAACUUAUCAGAUGCGACAACGGCACCAAUUUUGUCGGAGCUGAGCGUGAGCUGAGGGAAGGGAUCAAACGAUGGAACAAGCAGCAGGUCCAUGAAUAUCUUCUUCAAAAGGGGAUCAGAUGGAAAUUCGACCCACCGGCAGCGUCCCACAUGGGAGGACCCUGGGAGAGACAGAUCAGAACAGUCAGGAAAAUUCUGAACACUGUAAUGAAGCAGCAAGUUCUGCAUGACGAAAGCCUAUCAACCAUGAUGUGCUUGGUUGAAUCAGUGAUCAACGGACGCCCACUUACAGUAGUAUCUGAUGACGCGAGAGAUCCAGAACCCUUGACGCCAAACCAUCUUCUCCUGUUGCGUCAGAACAGCGCAUUGCCAGUCGAUGUAUUCCAGAAGCAAGACCAGUUCAGCCGUAAAAGGUGGCGACAUGUGCAGUAUCUUGCGGAUGUCUUUUGGCGCAGAUGGAUACGAGAGUAUCUACCCACACUGCAGCAGAGAGGCAAGUGGAACGAGCCAGUACGGAACAUUGAGGUCGGAGACAUCGUUCUCAUUGUUGAGGAUCAACCGAGAAACCAGUGGUCCUUGGGGAGAGGAGUCGAGAUCUACGCUGGUGAAGACAAGCUGGUCCGAUCGGCAAAAAUAAAGACAAGGUCAACCACACUCGUCAGGCCCAUCCACAAGCUAUGUCUGAUGGAGUCUGCAGAAGCCAAGGAGAGAUGA